GAAAAAAUGGGAAAAUGCGAAAAUAGUGAAAGCAAAGCAGAAAUUAACAACGUGAAAAACCAAGGAAAUAUAUUUUACUCUGCCACUUUGCAGCAAUAUUAUUGCUUUAGUGAAAAUUUAUUUAUUUAUAUAGUUUGCGAGAAUGUAAAGGCAAGUGUUGGUGAUACUCUAAUGUGGAGUUAGAAGAGACUGAAUAACAAUUAAUAAAAGAUACCAAUGAUGUCAGCGACACAGAAAUAAACCAGAUACGACAAGAAAGAAAAAAUACACAAUGAGUUUGGAAGGAGCUCCGAUCAUGCCAUCAAUAAUUAUGCAGCGGAUCGAAGCUGAUGGCGAAGAAAGGGAGGUUUCAGACGAGCGUCUUCGUAAAAUGUCGGAUGUGUCUCAAAAGUCUGCCCCAAAUGAAGUGAAAAGUACCGUUUUAGCAUAUGAUUCUGGGAACUACUCUACCAGUUCCAAUGCCAGUGAAGUCGCGUGUCCGUUUGAAAUGGAGUUACAUAAUCAUUGCCAACAUGUGCACACUCUGCUUAGAGAAAGGGAUCAAGCUUUGUUCCUUGCAAUGCAAGAUGUGCGCAAGCUGCGCAGCGAACUCGAACGACUCAAUAAAUCGGAGGACUGGUACAAAAAAGAGUUGCGGGCACAAAAAAGAACACGACUGGAAGCACUCGAGCGACUGUAUUCACAGGAGCGUAAGUACAUGCAAGAAAAUCAGCGAUUACAACGCGAAUGUGUGCGUCUCUAUGAUAAAUGCGGCGAGAUGGAAAAGGAAUUGCAGGUUAAGCGGGAAAAAGCUGUGCAAAAACUAGUCGAGAAGGAAGAGCAGCACAAAAGUACGAAUUGUGUUGAUAAAGAAGGAAACUCCUUUGAGUUGGAGCAGCAAAGAUCUAUGAUUGAUGACCAGCAAAAAUUGAUCAACGUUCUGAGAAAACAAAAGCACGUUCUGCUGGAAGACUUAAGAAAACUGAACGAAGAGAAAGAUACCAAGGUUUUGGAGCUGCAGGAAACGUUAGCUGGCGUAGAAGUAGAAAAUACGCGCAUGACAGCCCAGUGCAAGCGCUUGCUGACCGAAAGACAAGCUCUGGAAGAUACGCUACAAACAAAAGAUGCUGCUCUAUAUGCUGAAAAUAUCGAAAAGCUAAAGUUGCAAACCUUAAUUGAAGAACUAAAGGAGCAUUGUAACCAGCAGCAGCAAGAGCUAGCGCGCAAAGAAAAUGAAAUUUGUGAGACUCGAGAAAAAUUCAAAUGCAAUAUGCAAAAUGAAACAAACAUGGAUGAAGUGCAUCGGCUAAGUAUUACUUAUCAUGAUGACAUUAAUGCCAAAACAGCUGAAAUUACUUCACUUAAAAAGUCGUUGCAGGCGAUCCGAAUAGAGUUGAGUUCCUUAACCGAAAUACAGGCACAAAAUGAGCAACAAGAGCGACAAAUAGAACAUCUUAACUUUGCUUUGGAAACACGACAAUGUGAGUUGUCGAAUCUGCAAGAAACUGACGAGCAAAAGACCCAACAAAUAAAUGAAUUGCAACAGAAUUUGGAAAAGGUUCGCACGCAGCAUGACAUCACGCUCGAAAAUCUGCAUUCUACAGAGUCAAGUCUAAAAAGUGUAAAACACGAAUUGAUAGCAUUGCACGAGCAGUAUGCCAGUAUGUGUGCUCUUUGUGAACGAACCCGUUUUGAAUUAGAGCUACUUGAAAUCGAAAAGAACAAGUUGAGAUUCCAGGCUGACAGCGAUAAGCGUGAAAUCGAGCUGCUACGCGGCAAGCUGAGAGGCUACCUAAAACAUACAGAGAAAUUGGGAGCCAGAAUAAAUGAGCUUGAAAACAAAUUGAAAUGUUCAACCAUUGAAAGUGAGGACUUGCAAGUUGAGUUCAGUGAGUUUGAAAAGCGAUCAAUCGGCGGUCCUUUAGAAAAAGAAAAGGUUGAAAAAGAGCUCAAGAGUAUACAGCGGGUGUUACACCAAAAUAGAAAAGUCAUAAAUCGGCUAAACAAAGACAACGAGUUUUUAAGGGCUUCUAAAGAUGUAGAAAAGUUCGCGGAGGAUGUAAAUCAAGUUGAAGAGGGUGAUAGUGGCUUUCUGGAUGUAACCGAAUGUGAAAUUAAUGACAAAGUUGAACCAGACUCGCAGACAAUACGGGAAUCGGUCUGUUCCAACCUUAAAUAUGCCAGCAAUUCACUUUUGGAGCAUUUGAGUUCUCAAGAGGAAAUGUUAAAAGAAAGACGAACACUAAUAGCCGCCUUUGAGAACUUGAUUUGCAAUGAAGCAGCAUCAAUAGAAGUCAAUAAAGAUCUUUGUACAGAAAAUGUCCAAGACAAGCAAUGUGAUGAUGCGCUAUUGGAACGUCAAGAACAGUUGAUGGAAUAUUUGAACAACCAAAGCCUUUUAACUUUGGAGAAAAGAGAACUCUUGGAAAGUUUUGAAACUCUAAUUAAAGAGGAAACUGGCCCACAAGAAAUAUCUAUAAAUAAUCAAAAAAUUUUUGAAAUGAAAAAAUUGAUUGAAGAAAACAAAAAGCUAAAAAUACUUCUAACGACUAUAAAGGAGCCGCCAAUAGAAGUUGAGUCUUUAAAACUAGCAUUAACAGAAAAAAAUGCAAAAUGCUUGGAAUUAGAAAAAUCUGUUAGCAAUUAUGGCGAUGAGCUGCAAAACUUACAAACAAAGUUGCUGCAAUGCGAUGAAAGACAUGAAAAAGACAAGAGCGAAGAAGAUAACCGCCAUAGAGCUCAAUUUCAGUCCUAUGAGGACACUAUUCAAGGACUGCAAGCAGAGAAUGAACGCCUCCUAAGUGAAUUGCAAAACGUUUUGGAAGCUAAAAGUAAUGUUGAGAAUACGCUGGAAAAGCAAAAGCUGUUUGUUCAAGAAUUGAAGGCAAAGUUGGUCAGCUUUGAAAAAAACAAAAAUUCAAGUGAAGUUAGUAACUCAGAGCAAACAAUGAGCUUCGAGCAGCAAGAAGUGCUCAACUUGAGGAUGAAAGUUGAAGAACUUGAAACGCGUUUGCAGGCAGUCAUGCAGUGCGACGAGGAGCGGCGCAAUGACAGAGUUCGACUUAUACAGCAGCUGCUUGAGCAACAAAGUAGCAAAGUGAAACAGUUGAGUGAAUCGCAAGAGCAGUGGGAAGAACUCCUCACAGCGCUUCAAACCGCACAAAAGUUGGAGGAAAAUACGAGAGCUGAAUUGCAGUUGAAGCACGCCGAGCUGGAUGAGUUGAAUGCACUUUUUGCUCAGCAGAACCAAGAGCUGCGACGCAUGCACGAAAUUGCCCUACUGUCAAAUGGUAAUGGCAAUGAAGAGGAAAUUGAGACACUGCGACCGACACUCCUGCAGCACUACGAGGAGAUGUACGCGAAUCUAAGCGCCCAGUUAGCAGACAGUAAGUCCAAACAAAGGCAAAUUGAAGAGUUGCAAGAGAAAAAUGAACGGCUCGAGCGCCACUUGAAUGAGGAUUACGCCGCAGAAGUCGCUAAAAAUCAGAGGCAGUUGCGAGCUCUGCAAACAAAAAUAGAAACUCUACAGGCGGAACGAAAUAGUUAUGCAGAGCGCUUGGCAGAGAUGGAGAUUGAGAUGGAACAGCUAAAGAAGAGCAAACGGGAGGCACUUGUUCUGCCACCGGAAUUUGUGGUUUUGCCCCAGACUGCUGGCACAGCCAGUAGUACGGCUGAAGCUUCUUCAUUGUCAGAGGACGGAAAUGCAAAUAUGAGUAACAGUGACAACAACAACGAUCGCAUGAGGAUACUAACGAAGGUGCUUGAAGCGGAAUAUAGGCGCAAAAUGAAGCGUUACGAUGUGUACAUUCACACUUUGUUGGGCAAUAUUAAAAAGCUGAAGAAAGCUUUGCGGGCGGCUGAGACUCGCGCCGCACAUUUAACGAUGGAGCAGAGCAGAACGAUGGACGAGCUGCGUGGCCUGCAAUUGACAAGGCGCCAGCUGGAGGAAACGCGCUUGAAAUGUGAUCACAAUCAAAUCACAAUUAAGACACUCGAACGUGCUCUAGAAAUGGAGCGUAGGAAAUUCGAAGCUUCUGAUUUAGGCAAGGCGACAUAUACACGCGACUCAGCAGCCAUAGCACUACAGCGAGACGAGCCGGCGCACGAAGUAGCCAAUCUAAUUGAUGAUUAUAAAAAGUUAAUCCAACAAUCGGCGUUAGCCACGCAACGGCCGAAGACCAACGCAAUACUUGACCUUAUACAACGCAGCAACCAAUGUGUGCCAAAUUUAUAUAAACUCGAGACUACAGUUGAAGGUCUGAGCAGCGAUUUGAAACGAUUGCUUUCUGCGCAUGCGUUGAGUGCGAACAAAUUAGAAGCACCAUCGUUGAUGGACGAGCUGCGCGCUGCAGCAGAAAGCUACUAAAGCGUUUAGUCAAGAUUGAUUUGUAGCACUGAAAAGCUACGAAUGUGUAUACGAAGAACAUGGAAAAUACUUCCCACUUUCUUUUGCUGUGCAUAAAAGCAAACACACAUUGCCAAAAUUUAGUUCAACUAUUUCUACGUAACAAAUAACUUAUUUUAUAGUAUUGUUUUAUAUUGGCUGUUUUCAGUUUAUAGUUUUAUCAUUUAUUUGUUGUUGUUGUGCAAUAUCCACAAAGUAUUUCCCUUUAAAUGUCUAAAGUUGUCAUUAUUUUUGCCAGAAGCUUUCAGUUAUUGUACAAUUUUCGAAUACUCAGCUGGCAGUUGUCUGCAGUAUAUUUGUUAUAGCCAACUGUGCUUUCAGACAAGUCAAUGUUGAUAUUGAAAUACCCUCUUGCGGAAAAUACGAGGCCAUUCAAUGACUUUGACUUACGAACCAGAUGACUUUUCCACAUCAAUGCCAGUGUGGUCAAACUUUCUGAAGUACUCGUUUCCAGUGCUUGUGAUUUUUUAUAUUUUCUAGAAAUAAAUUAAAUUAAUAUUAA